AUGCAGUCGUACGAUAAAUUGACCCCUUUUACAAAAUCAUCAACUACCACAAUACUCAAUUUCAGGAGUGACACGUUACAACAAUCUGUUGAAAGUGAACAAUUAUGUAAUCAGAUCUCUACUGAUAUUGAAUUUACUUCUAAAUUAUCGAAAGAAAUCCAACAAAAGGAUUCAGUAGAGUAUGAUGAUAUAACUAAGCUUCCUUCAUCAUCAUGUGCUACUUUUAUCAGCAGUUCCUUAAUAAUGACAACUAUAGUGACAACGCAACUAACGCCAACUUUGUCAACCAUCAGCAUGACAUCAAAUACAACAAUUACUCCUUCACAAAUGAUUACUACUUCCUCUGCGAUCAGCCCAGAUUGUCGAAUAGUAGCCUUAGAUGCAACCAAAAUUCAUGAUCUUAAUCACAAUGUAAAUGGUUCAGUUUCUUCAACUUCUCUACCAUUUUCACCUUCAAAUGCUGAUAAUAAUAAUAAAUUGGUAUACAAGAACUCAGAUAUUUUACAAAAUGAAAAUAAAGUGGUAUCAGUUGGAAAAUAUGAUGACAAAGGAGCAGCAAAAGAUGUCGUUAAUAAUCAAAUGAAAUCACCGGUCAAUAGCACUUUACUAGUAAAUAAUGAUAUUGAUAAUAGUAGUGAUCAGAGAGAUUCAAUUAAUGCAAAUUAUUCAAAAUUAUUAAGCACAGCUUGUGUUAGUAGUAGUGGUAGUAGUAAUAGUAUUAACGCUAGUAGUACAACAUGUUCUAAAUUGAAAUCAACGAUAACGCCUUUUGAAUUUCCUCCUCCACCUGUAAUUAUCGGUCCUGAUGAUCGACGUAUAUUAACUCAUUAUAUUGAUGGACAUAUUAUUUAUGAAAGUGAUAAACCAUUUCCAGUGAAAAAUGGUAUGAUAGUGGUUGAAACAGCUCUUAUGAAACAGCAACAGUCUUGUGUAGUCAGCUCUACUAAUUCACCACUUAAGACUUUCAUCAUGAAUGGUUAUGAAGACAGAAUAAUGAAUAAUGUCAAAUCACCUACAACUCCAUCUUUCUCAUCAUUGAAAACAACAGCUGUAAAACCUGUUGAUAACUGUGAAUCCGAGGCGUUUAUAGCUACUUCUUCAUCUAAAUUACCUAUUCAAGAUGUUGGUGGCUGUGGUAGUAGUUGGAUUAACCCACUGAAAGUGUCAAAUUCAUCAUCACUGUCUAUUGUAGACAAGUAUACGAAUCACCCAGGAUCAAUUGUUACGUCUAAUUCCCCCUGUAUGUUGUUACAUUAUGAAACUCGACGUCGUAAACCAUCCAGUGAACAACAAUUGUACAACGAUGUUCAUGAUGAAAAUGACUCAUCAAAAACCAAUCAUUAUCAUCAACCUACACAAGGAAUUUUAGCAUCAUAUCCCCAUUCUACUAUAUUGUCUUUAGCUAAUCGUAAUUCGGCUAGUGUGGUUUACACUCAAUCACCAAUUGUAUCAAUUCCUAGUCGAAAUGAUAGACAAUCAUCUUCUGAUAUGAAAGGAGGAAAUGAACCAACUAUUAUGGAUGGUAAAUCAAUUGAAAGUUAUUCACAGCAUUCCUUGAUCUCACAAUAUCAGAACACUGAAUCUUCAAUAUCGCUUAGCAAACCAUUAAAUGAAAUCCAGUCCAGUUCUGGAAUUAUGACUGGAUUAACUUCCACUGCAUUCAAUCAAUCUACAUGUCAACAACGAACACCAAGUAUUGCUCAAGCAAUGUAUGGUAUAUCUCAAACAAUUACACCAUCACCUGGACUAUUAACACCUAAUCCACCACCGAAAGGUCCAAUAUAUAAAUGGACUCCUGAUGAUGUUGUUGCGUUUGUUCGUGGUACACCUGGUUGUGGAGCAUAUGCAUCGGCAUUUUUAAAUAAUGAAAUAGAUGGUGAAGCAUUAUUAUUAUUAGCUGAAGAUCAAUUUAUUCAACCACCGAUUGGUAUGAAAAUAGGACCAGCGCUAAAAUUAGUUGCACGAUUAGAAUCUUUAAAGAAUUGUUGUUAA